AUGAUUGAUAAUAGUAGUAGCAAUAAUGAAAUAAAAAAUCAUACAAUAAAAAAUAACAAUAAUAAUUUGAUCAGAGAUAUAUCUAGUUUAUUUCGAUUAGUUUUUAAUAACAUUUUUUUAAAAUCUAUAAUAUUCAAAAUAAUUCGAGAUAUUAAUAAUUAUAUCAUAAAGAAAUGUUUCAAAUAUAAAUCAUUUCAAUCAGUUUACAGUUUAGAUCAUUUUAAAUAUAAAAAUAAAAUAAAAAGAGCAAAUAUAUUUUAUACUCACAACUACUUAAAAGAAUAUUUCGAAUAUUUACCAAAAAAUAUAACAUCAUUAAAAAUUGAAGGAUCCUUCUUUCAAAAAAGUCCAGAAAAAUUACCAUUUUGGAUCAAAUCAUUGGAAAUACCAAAUACAACAACACCAAUAUCAAGUAUAGUUUCAAAUAUAGCAAGUUUAGAAACAUUAAUAAUUACUAGAGGUAAUUAUUUAAAUAAUAUCAUAGAGUUAAAAUGUGGGGAUCUGCCAUCUAGUUUAAAAAAAUUAGUGGUCAAUUUUGGGUCUUUAGUAUUAUCUAAAGGAGUUUUACCAUAUGGAUUAGAGAAGCUUUCAGUUUAUGAUAUUGAUAAAAUAGAAAAAGGAUCCAUACCAGAAACAUUAAAAGAGUUAUAUUUGGACGAAUCAAUUUUCAGAUCUUUAAAGGACUAUUCGUAUUUGGCGUUACCUGGCUAUUUACCAAAUGGAAUACAUACAAUGGAUAUUGUUAUUAAAAAUCAAACUUUCAUAAUUUAUCCAGAUUCCCUAAAGUAUUUAAAAAUAAAGUGCAAACAAUUCACAGAUGAAAUUAAUUUCAAUUUGCCAUCGCAACUCGAGUCAUUGAGUAUAGAUGUCAAUAGUACCAAGGAUCUAAUGAAGUUUACAAAUGAUGUUUUUCCAAAUGGUUUAAAACUUUUGCAUCUCUCUUGCUGCUCCAACAUUACAAAUAACAGAGUCGGUGAUAAAGAAGUUACUUCAAUCUUUCCCGAUACUAUAGAAAGUUUAACUAUAUCGAAUGUUAUGUUUAAUGAAAAGUUAACAUGCAGAAGCUUACCCCCAAACAUUAAACAUCUUCAAUUAGGCCAAUAUUCGAUUUUUAAUAAUUCUGGAUCUCCUUUGAUAGAUCCAACAAUAUUUCCUCAAUCUUUAACCUUUAUAGACCUUGGUUCAUCUUUUAACCAAGUUAUUGGACCGAAUGUAUUACCAUUGGGACUUUUAAUUCUUAAAUUGGGUAAAUUUUUUAAUAAAAUAAUCACAAAAGAAUCAAUUCCAUCAAGUUUGAAAUUAUUAGAAAUAACAAAUUUGGACUAUUACCAUACCAUACCUGUACAAAAUCCAUAUACAUUGGUAGAUUGCCGUUAUUAUCAUUCACAGUUCAUGUCAUUCCCAGAAAAUCUUGUUUCUUUUAAAUCAUCAAACACAGAUGGAGAUCUCAUUUACCCUGGUUUACUAAUGAAAGCAAAGUUUUUAGAAUUUUUGGAUUUAAACUGUAACAUAAAUUAUUCAUUGCUUACUCUAAAACUUAUCAAAAAAAUAGUACUAAGAUCUCAUCAUGAAAUAAACUUAGAAAAUUUCCAAUGCUUAGAGACAAUAAUUGUUUGGGAAACUGCAGAGCCAUUAAUAACAACAUCAAAGCAAUUAAUAGUUAUAAACAACAACAUAAAAGAAGUCCACAAUUUUUAUAAUUUACAUUCAAUAAAAAUAGAUCCAAGAAAUCAUAGUUUUGUAGAAUCAUUAAGUCCAGUUUUUUACAGAUUUUUAAAUUUUUAUAAUGAUUCGGAUCUAUAUGCACAUUAA